AUCGAUUCCAGACAUAGCAGAGUGUCUGGGAGAGUGCCUUUUUUGAAUUGUUUAAAAAAAGGCGUUUCUUUCUUCACCCUUCUUCCUUCGACGGGAAGACGAGCCCUACCGCAAUACCAAUUCUGAAUCUGAAUCCAAUUCCGUCGAAAGAUUGUGGGGCUUUUGUUCGAUCUCGAGUUCAAUGGACAAAAUCAGAAGAGCAUCGCAUGCAGGAUCUUGGUACACCGACAACCCAAGAAAAUUAGCUGAAGAGCUUGAUGGAUGGAUUAGGGCGGCCGGCUUGGCUAAAUCUUCUGAUGUAAGAGGUGUAAUUGCUCCGCAUGCGGGCUAUUCAUAUUCAGGUCGUGCUGCUGCCUAUGCUUUUGGAAACAUAGACCCAACGAACAUUACUCGGGUAUUCCUUCUCGGACCAUCUCACCAUUAUUACACUACAAAAUGUGAGCUGUCAAUAGCUACAGUUUACAAGACACCUAUAGGGGACCUGCCUAUUGAUUUGGAAGUCAUUGAAGAGCUGAAAGCUACUGGAAAAUUUGAAUUGAUGGAUCUUCGAGUUGAUGAAGCUGAGCAUAGCAUGGAAAUGCACUUGCCAUAUCUUUCUAAAGUGUUUGAGGGGCAUCCAGUGAAAAUUGUACCCAUUUUGGUUGGUGCUCUUAGUGCUGAAAGUGAAGCAAUGUACGGAAAGUUGUUGGCCAAAUAUGUAGAUGAUCCUAAUAAUUUCUUCUCUGUGUCAUCAGAUUUUUGUCACUGGGGUUCCCGUGCCAGUUUUAAUUACAUGCACUAUGAGAAAAAGUAUGGAGCCAUAUACAAGUCAAUUGAGGCCUUAGACAAGAUGGGCAUGGAUAUAAUAGAAACGGGAGAUGCAGAUGCAUUCAAACAAUAUUUGUUAGAGUAUGACAACACUAUCUGUGGACGCCAUCCGAUUAGUGUUUUCCUUCAUAUGCUGAGGCACAGCUCAACAAAAAUAAAGCUAAAAUUCCUCCGGUACGAGCAAUCAAGUCAGUGCAAAACUUUGAGAGACAGCAGUGUAAGUUAUGCAUCCGCAGCAGCAAAGGUGGAGGCUUGAAGAAGUAAAAUACAGCAUUCUUGCCGGUGUGUGGGAAUUUCCGGAUUUGAACGUAAUGUCUUAACUUAAUUACAGUGCAUUUGCAUGACUAAUAAUCCUACUUGUUUACGCAAAUUGCUGAUAUGCUUUCUGUUGCUUUCAGUUUUAAAAAUUGUGUAUUUGAUGCGGAUGCAUUAUUUAAGAAGGCUGACUUCAAUGUUUCCUUAUUAA